AUUAGUUCUAUACGGAAAGUAAAGAUGGACACACUUAACUUCCGGUACAGGAAUUGCAGCAUGAAGAAGGAGCAAGUUGUCAACUGUCAGUUUUCGGCCUGGUAUCCGAUAUUUAAGAAACAUACUAUCAAAAGUUUGAUUCUUCCGCUGCCUCAGAAUGUAAUUGAUUAUUUACUGGACGAUGGAACACUGGUAGUUUCUGGGGGGGACAACAGCACACAGCAAAACCAAACUAACAGUGAUUCAGAGGCAGAAGAGGACAUUCAGUGGUCAGAUGAUGAGACAACCACCACUGUCAUAGCUCCGGAGUUCCCAGAAUUCAAUUCCAAGGUGUUGGAGGCCAUAAACACCCUUGGAGGGCGAGUCUUUCCCAAGCUAAACUGGAGCGCCCCACGGGACGCUAACUGGAUUGCUCUGAACAGCUCCCUGCAGUGUCAGAGUCUAAGCGAUAUCUUCCUGCUCUUCAAGAGCUCUGACUUCAUCACCCACGACCUCACACAGCCAUUCCUUCACUGCAGCGACCGGGACACUCCGGAUCCACCUAUCAACUAUGAACUGGUCCUCAGGAAGUGGAGUGAGUUGAUCCCUGGAGGGGAGUUCAGGUGUUUCGUCAAAGAGAACAAACUGAUAGGUAUCUCUCAGAGAGACUACACCCAGCACUACCACCACGUUUCUAAGCAGGAGGCUCAGAUCUCCCAGUCCAUUCAGGAGUUCUUCAGCCAGAACAUCCAGCACCGCUUCCUGGAGGAAGACUUUGUUUUGGACGUCUACAGAGACAGCUGGGGAAAGGUGUGGCUGAUCGAUCUGAACCCUUUUGGUGAGGUCACCAAUUCUCUUCUCUUCUCGUGGGAGGAGCUAACCUCAGGGAACAGCCUAUCUGCCAAUCAGGAAGAGGGGGACACAGCCCAGCAGGAGGCCCCUGUGUUCCGCCACACCACCAGCGAGGUGACAGUUCAGCCGAGCCCCUGUCUGAGCUACAGGAUCCCCCGUGACUUUGUGGACCUGUCUAGCGGCGAGGACGCCUACAAGCUCAUCGACUUCCUCAAACUGAAGAAGAACCAGCAGGAGGAAGAGGAGGCACAACAGUGACCUACAUCCCUGCAACAGAGACCCACGUACACUGUUGUUGCAUGUAGACAACUUGGUCAGUAAACAUUCUAUUUUACCCUUUGCCCCUGGAUUAAAGUCAAUGAACAAAAGGGAGAUUAAAAAAAGUAAUCUGUCUGUUACAGAGAGAAUGUUCUGUGUGGGACUAGAAUAGAGUGUAUUUGACCCGGAAGCCAAGCGUCAUGUAGUCUGGCUUCAUUUACCAUAUAGUGUGUCUUCCACUUGUUCGAGAUCUUUAUGCGUAAAGGUCAUGCAGAAGGACUAGCUUAAGCAAAUCUCUCUGUUCUGUGGGUCUCCUGUUUUUCUUCUGUAAAUACUGGAACUUCGUGUUCUCAGAGGGCUGUGGGCUCGGACAGAUAGCAGCACUAAAUAAUGACUGGCUUUGUAGUGCAACUCUGAAAGAAAUUAGUCUUAUCAUGGUAUGUAUGUGCAGUGUUAUUUAAUUAACGUAAUCAAUAUCCCAGAAGGUUAGCAUACACACAAGCCGCUCAGUCACACAUUCACUUCACAUAAAGUACAUUUUAGGGGGGGAAUGGGUGCUAUAGAGACUCUAAUAGCAAUAUGAACAUUUGUGCAUGAUGUUAUAAGCAUUCAUGUAUCCCAUCAUCUUUGGUUCCUGUAAAAGUAUUUUUUUUGUUUUCUUUGUUUAGUUUUAACAUGUUUGUGGAUAACAGGGGUUCUGAUUGGUUAAUAAAUGCGUGGCUU